GCCAGGAAGGGAAGAGCCACAACGUUUAAAGGGGGAGAAGGGAGAAUUUGGGGAUCAUCUCGAGGGUCUAAUGUUGCUUUUCUCGCUCUUCGUCAUUCUGAGAGGGUGGGGACUCCCACUCUCAAGAGUUCCCAGCCAGCAUGCUUUGGGACAGCCCCCCACCCUUCCCCCAACUUGGCAACCUUAAGACUUGUGGACUUCAACUGCUAGAAUUCCCCAGCCGGGUAGCUGGAAACGGUUUUCAUUAGUUGGGAAUGACAAACUGCCAUCUUUUGGAAAGCUAAGAGAGGUUGCUAUACAACAUGAGGCUGCACGAAAGGCUGAUCAGGCCCUUCCAAGCUCCUGCAACGGUCCAAAACCUCUCAGGGAGCCAAGUGUUUUUGUUCAGGAGCAACGGACAAUCCGAUUCGGAGGACUCGUCAGAGGAGGAGUUCAACACCAUGGAAUUACGCACCAGGGGCAAAGACCCCCAGCCAUCCAGUUCUUCCCAGAAGAGAGUGGGAGAUGUGCAGCUUCUAGAACGGGUCGUUAAAAAAGACGACAAUCUCAACAAGUUGGCUCUGCAGUACGGGUGCAAAGUUGAAGAUAUCAAGAGGGUUAAUAACUUCAUCCAAGAACAAGACUUCUACGCCCUGAAAUCCAUCAAAAUCCCGGUCAAGGUGAAUGGACUACUGACGGAGACCUGCGAUGAGUUGCUACCCCUUCAGACUCCUGCUCUGCUCCUCGAACACUCUGUAUCCAUAGAACCGGAAAACAGGAGUGGCGACCAUGAACAAUUUGAUCAAUAUUUCAGAGGGAUUGACCAAAACAUUGAAAGAGUGACACAGAUGGAAAUCCCUUCAUGCACAGAUCCCUUCAUUGAACCUUCAAACUGGUCAUCUCAGGAGCAGAAAGCAACCUGCACCGGAGCAGAUUAUGGGAUCCAGUGGUGGAAAGCAGUUUUUCUUAUGCUCCUGAUAGGAAUUGUUUUACCUGUGUUUUACAUUGUCUAUUUUAAGACCCAGCAAGUAGAUGUGGUUCUCAGUACCUCCAACACGACAGAACCUGUCAAAAUCUCAGUGAACCGUUCUUCGGUGGGAAGACCAAACUACGCUGGGCAAGAAAGCACCUCCACCAUCCACACUACUAAAGCAGCUUUCAUCCCGUCAGGGGGGUGACAUAACCCGGCCUGUUUUCCCUGCCCGAAAUGAUCUGGGAGUAAAAACGGAUUCUGGAUUUUUUUUUUCCUCUCCCAAGAGCAGUGCAGCAUCUCUUUGUUAUUUGUGGUUACUAAUGAAUUUUGAGCAAAGACCAGCCAGAGGAACAACAGGGCAAAAUGAGUCCUGGGAAGAUAAUUAGCCAAUUGUGAACCUGCUCCCACUGUGUAGGAAAAGGGCCAUUUUUUUAAAUAGCAAAAAUGAGGACGGAGGCCCAACCUACUACUGCAUCCUACAAAUGCCCGGAUUUUCCUCCUGAGAUCUCAGCUUCCAAAAACCCUUUUCUUUUUACUCUCCUCGGUCCCUUUUCCUUUCUAUUGUUAAAACAUUUCUCCACACGGUGUAACUAGGGUAGUUUUUUCAGGGAACACAGUUUGAGUGAUAUCCCUAUCCUUCUUGCAGGGUUUUGUGAGGCCUGGCCCUUUUGAAGAAAUAAGAUGCGUCCAGAUAAUCCAGCAAAAGCCGGAAUACUGCAUGUGUUUUAGCAAAAUGUUUAAAAGUCAUGUUUGAGAUCUGCAAAUUAGGAUUUGGGGGCGUUGUUUACAUAUGUAAUUUUUGUUUUGCAAAUUGUGGAUCUAUACCUAGUGUGAACCUUGU